AUGUUUGCGGACGACACCACUGUUGUGGGACUCGUCACUGGAGAAGAUGAGACAGCCUACAGAGAUGAAGUCCAAACACUGUCCAAAUGGUCACCAACGGGAAAACACGACACAGUGGCCUCGGAUGCUCACAAAACUAAAGAAACUAAAGACAAACUUUACGGUGUCAGGAAUGAGAGUGUAGAAAUCGACACCAAUGUGAGUUUGCACUGCACCAACAGAACGGUCCCAUGGGAAAAGAUGAUUUAUGUCAUCUGGAAAAUUUACUCACACGGCAAAGAGAAGUGCAGAAUUGCUGUAUCUCAAACUGACCCGGAUCACGACACCUGCAGCGAUGGAAAGAAGCUGAUCAGGAGCACGGAUGGAGCAUACCACCUGAUCAUCCCACGAUUCUCCAUCCAUGAUGAAGGAACUUACGGCUGUGAUUUGUCCUACGAAUCUUCAGGAUACAUAGAAACCAUCCAUGUUUCUGCAUGGGCCCGUCCAGAAGUCCACGGCUGGUUAGAACUUGAACGAAGCCGCACUGUCGCCGUGUGCGAGGCAACAAGCAGACCUGCAUCCUCCAUCAAGUGGAAAACACCAUUGAACUUUUCCUCAUCCAGCACUGAAAUAACCGAGACUGCAGAGGGACUUUUCACCGUAACGAGCAAAAUAAACCUGCCAGCGAACGUCCCGUACAGUAACAUCAUCUGUGACGCCUCUACCAGCAACCCCAAGUUCAACCAGUUUCACUUUAACUUCAUGGUUAGAGAACCUGCAGAUUCUCUUGGAUGGCCUUUUAUUCUUUUGGGAGUUUGUGCCACUUGCUUAAUGGUGGCUUUUCUAACCAUCCUGUACAUCAUGCGUAAAAAACUCAAACUUCUCAUGGUUUUUAGAAAGACUUGCAGCAAACCACCGAUCUCAGGAUCAAAUGAAGUCAAAAACCCACAGCUCUCUGACCCAGAACAGGUGGAACCGUAUGCCAGUUACGUCCAAAGAGUGAACUCCAUCUACAACUCUUCUGCUGAACUUUUUAACGCCUGAACCGUGCACACACACACACAUGGACAAACCCACACACACACACACACACACACACACACACACAUAGACACACACACACACAAUGACUCAAACCAAGAGAAGGACUGGAAAGAAAAGUGUCUCACAGGGAGAAAAGCUCUUGUGCCCUAAAUUUACAAUGACUGAAUGUGGGAAGACUGACGCAGCAGGAUCCAUCAUGUUCAUCAUGUUUUAUACAUGGGAAAAUGUUUGUGCGCCCCCCCCCCCCCCCAAUCCUUUACAAAUCAUGAAUAAGCUUGAUGCUUAAUGUUAGGAUCUGUCCCUGAGAGCAUCAACACCCGGGUAAAUCAGCUCCACCCCCCAAAUGUUUAGUUCAUGAAUGCGACCUUAGUUCAUGAAGUGUGUGCAGUCCCCUUUUCAUCCAAACACAGUGUUCAAGUCAUGUCUAGAGCUAUAACGAAUGAUAGACACGCAGCUCUGUUCCGGGUUUUGUUUAAUGUUUAGUUUAAAUAUUGUGUAGUAUUUUUUGAGGACAGAUGAACAGAGACUUUAACAAGCUUUAGCGAUCUCACUUCCUCCCCACAGACACCACACGUACAGAGACAUGACAGUAAGGACUUCGGUCUCCCUUCAUGUAAGACGGUGCAAUAUGUAUACUAAAGAAACUGGUAAAAACCUUAAUGCUGGUACUGUAAUGUACAUAAUCGUUUUCUUGAUGUAUAUUCGUUUGAAACAGUCCUCUCCUAAAUUAUGGGAACACUUGGUGAAUAUGAGUAAAUAAGGUGUUUUACCAGAAGUGCCAGUAAUUGUGGAGAAGACUGACCAUCAUAAUAAGAGGAAAUAUAUUCCACAUCUUGUACAGUAUUAAAGUUCAUAUGUUGUUGCUAAAUAACUUUAAUGAUAGUAAAUUAAUGUCUGUAUAUAUGAUGAACUUUUGUAUCACAAAAUAAAGUGUUGAAAAACGUU